GGAGAGGAGAGGAGAGUUUUUGGAUGUGCGCGCAACGGAGCAUGAGUGCCACUGCGGGCACGGAGCGCGCUCCAGCCUUCUCUCUAUUUGACUUAUUCUAAGUCUUUUUUUUAUCUUCUACACAUCCUUAAAAAAAGAGAGAUCCAUUUGGGGGAAACUCUUUUUUUUUGUGAUGGAACCUGUUGUCGGUGAUUUGUUGCGUGCUUGGGAUAUUUUUGUAUUCCUCUAACAAGUGGUGAUCCAGGAAUAAAGCAGCUGGAAAGAGGGGAAUAAUAAGGCUGUGAAAAUGUUUCAUCUGCGCAUCUUGUGAGUGAACAUUUCUCCAACUUGAUGCUCCUCUCGACUCAGCACAUUUGUGAUGAGGAUGUCCUCUGUUUGCGAGGAAGAUUUCAGGAUUUCACAGGAUUUUUUUUGUAUAUACUGGAGGAUGGCUGCUAUAAAUAGCCCGCGUGCUGAUGAGGUUACAAUGAACAGGUUGGUGUUCAGUUGAAACUUAUAGAGACAUGCGAGAAAAUAAAGAUAUGUCUUAUUAUAGGACAUUUUAAAAAGACAAAGUGAGUGGCAAGAAACAAGGAUCCUGUCACCGAUAAUUUAUUUUUUUGAUUGGUAAGAAUUCAGAUCAUAGUUCACUUUGAGGAGAAUAGAGACCAACAGGCAGAUCAUCCUCUUGGAAGCAGCUUUUUGUUGAUGGCACUGCGCACCGGGAGGACUUGGUUUGGGCAGGUCUUGCGCAGGGUCUUUCGGCUGCAGGGCUCCUGGUCCAGGCGAUCGAGCAGUCUCUUGUGUCUCUCCGCGAACCAGGAGCAGGAUCUGGGGUUCUGUCACAACAAGGAUCACCACAACAAGGUGGGGGAUUUCCACCACCAACACCGCUGCUGCUGCUCCGACUCCUCCACGCACCGUCACCACCGGAGGAGCGCACCUUUCUGCCGCUCCGCUGCCGCCUCCUCCUCCAGGCGCUGCUGUCCGCACGGCUUCCCCCACGCUCGCUGCGCCUUCCCGGGGAAUCCGAGGGGAAAUGAGCCCCUCGGCCGCCGGUUCCUGUUGGCCAUGAAGCGGCAAAACGUGCGGACCUUGUCCCUGAUCAUCUGCACGUUCACGUACCUGCUCGUCGGUGCCGCCGUGUUCGACGCCCUGGAGUCCGACUUCGAGAUGCGUGAGAAGGAGCAGCUGGAAGCGGAGGAGAAGCGUCUCCAGGGGAAAUAUAACAUCAGCGAGGAGGAUUACCGCAAACUGGAGACCAUCAUCAUGGAGGCAGAGCCGCACAGAGCCGGCGUGCAGUGGAAAUUCGCAGGGUCAUUUUACUUUGCCAUCACGGUUAUUACCACCAUAGGCUAUGGGCACGCGGCGCCGGGGACAGACGCAGGGAAAGCCUUUUGCAUGUUUUACGCCGUCCUGGGAAUCCCUUUGACUCUCGUCAUGUUCCAAAGUCUGGGCGAGAGGAUGAACACUUUUGUCAAGUACCUUCUGAAGCGGAUCAAGAAGUGCUGCGGCAUGAGCAUCACCGACGUGUCCAUGGAGAACAUGGUGACGGUGGGAUUCUUCUCCUGCAUCGGCACGCUGUGCAUCGGAGCCGCCGCCUUCUCCCAUUACGAGGAAUGGAGCUUCUUCCAGUCUUAUUAUUACUGCUUCAUCACAUUAACAACUAUAGGCUUUGGGGACUUUGUGGCCCUUCAAAAGAACCGGGCGCUCCAGAGGAAGCCCCUGUAUGUGGCCUUUAGCUUCAUGUACAUCCUGGUGGGCCUGACGGUCAUCGGGGCCUUCCUCAACCUGGUGGUGCUCCGCUUCCUGACUAUGAACAGCGAGGACGAGCGGCGGGACGCCGAGGAGCGGGCCUCGCUAGCCGGCAACCGGAACAGCAUGAUCAUCCACAUCCAGGACGAAUCGUUGCAGCGGGGCCGGCGGCGGCGCGAGCCGUACCGGCCGGAAGUGACUGAUUUGCAGUCGGUCUGCUCCUGUAUGCACUACCACUCGCAUGACUUCGGCAGCUCUGGGGGAGGGAUGGGAGGCCUGGGCUGUGCCUUCUCCCAUCAGAACUCAUUCAGCUCGCAGCUGAAUCCCAAUCAGUACUUUCACUCGGUUUCCUACAGGAUCGAGGAGAUCUCGCCCAGCACCUUGAAAAACAGCUUCUUCCCUUCGCCCAUCAGCUCGGUGUCUCCGGGCCUUCACAGCUUCACAGACAAUCACCAGCUCAUGAGGAGAAGGAAAUCCAUCUAAACCCAACAGGACAAAUGAGUUUCCAUGUUUUAUACACAAGGUCAAACAUUUCCAAAUGCUGCUCCUUACCAAAUCUUAUUUCAGCACUUUUUUUCCCCCCAUUUUGGUUGUGUGUAAUAUAAGAAGUAUUCUUGGGAACAGAUUGAAGAACACUGUGCAGAACAGCGUGGACACAACGGGAUGCAAAGCAUGAAGCAUGGAUGUCUAUUUUUUCAAGAGAUUGCUCCAUUUACAAACACAAACGACGAGACCUUCCUUAUUCCAGAUUUACAGUACAAGAUUGAUAUAUUAACUUUGGUUACGUACCAAAUGAUGCACACUUGGGGAAAUGCUAUUUUUCAAAAGGGAGUAUGCUUGUUUCACCCUAACUUGAAGUUCUGUACUAUCCCAUUGCCUCACUGCAGACAGAGAUUUUAAAAUGACUUAAAGCAUCAGGUAUUGUUUUCUAUAAGCAAUCAUAUAUUUCACCACGCAUCAAGCCAAAAUAUUGUUGCCAAUAUUAGCAUGUGCAUUAGAUGUCAUUUACUGAGUGUGCCAUGGUUUUAGUCUGUUUAGAGAACAGCCGUAUGAACGUGUCUGUUUGUCUUGGUUUCAAAGGAUCAUGCUGCUGUUAUUAAUAUUUCGCCUUUAUCGAUAAUCAGAUCUGGCCACAAAGAGCUUUAAUUUCACCUGCGGCCUCUUUCAUAAUGAGAUGUAAAACUGACCUAAUGGAAAAUCCACCUCCCCACUACACUUUCAAACAGGUCUGCUGAUUAUGAGGUCUGUAUUAUUGGUUGGUUGUGUAUUUUUCUUCCAUUGACAUUCAUAUUGAAUAUCAGUUCUAUUAAGUGCACUCCUCUGUACAUUGAUCAUUUUGCACCAGCAUUCAGCAUUCAUAUAGGAUAACUCCAGGCAGAGGGACCAGUUUCUUCACUUACAGUCAGUCCCUUAAUAGACCAGAAUGCAAUGCAGUUAAAGAUAUGUAACAAAAGGGUCCCCAUUAACGAUCAAGCUCUAAAAACCCCAGAUACUACAAUUCCCAUGAUGCAACUCAAUGACAUCUUUCAUUCUAUCCUCACUGCUUCCUAAAUGCCAACUUUUUGCAAACU